ACACUGUGGGUACCCACCUAUGGAUGCUCUGGCCGUGGCCCAGGGCUUUGGGGGGCCGCAGGGCCCCGAAAAGGCCGCCUGGCUCCGCUCGGCCCUGCUUGAUUUCUUCACCCAGAAUGCUGACCUGGAGCAGGAGGAGGUGGAGGAUUUCCUGGCCGAGGUGAUGGACAACGAGUUCGACACCGUGGUGGAGGACGGCAGCCUGGAGCAGGUGAGCCGGGAGCUGCUGACGUUGUUCUCCCGGGCACAGGGGGGGGACACGGUGGGGGUGGGGGCAGCCCUGGGGGCUCUGGCCCAAAGGGGCCCCGCCCUGGCCACCGUCCUGGCCACGGCCCGGCCCGGGGACCCCAGAGCCCCCGGGACCCCGAGCUCCCCAGGACCUCCCACAGCCCCCCCGGGACACCCCGGCCACGAGGAGGAGGAGGAAGAGGCGAUGGAGUGCGGGACCCCCCCGCCUGCCCCUGACGGCUGGACCCUCGUGCAGCGGCGGCGGCGGCGAUGAGGGGGGGGAGGGGUGUCGUGUGUGUAACCCCCCCCCAAAUUGGGGGACACCCCUCCCCCACCCUGCUCCCCAAACUGGGGGGGAAAUAAAGGCCCCUCCCCCCACAAGGGGGCGUGGGAA